CCUCCCUCCACCGAGUGUGAGUGGUACUGACACUGAUUCAGGAGUAUUCACGCUUCUACAACUUCAAGAAAACGUAAAAAGGGAAUCUUAGGUUGUUGAUAGGAAGGAAAAGGUAACUAGUGCCACUGCCAGGCGUAGGGGCACCAAGGGCAUAGCAGUGGGCAAUAGAGUUGGGGGCUUUAACUCCUUCAGUACUAGUACGCAUUUCUACCUUGAAUUUUGAGCAUGAUUAGACUUUUUUUUCAUUACCAAAAGGUGUACGGAGGUCAAAAGAUUAAUGGCCUGAGCCUUCACUAUUUAAAUCCCCACAUAAGUAUUUGAAGCGGUAUAAAAUCACCAAAUUGUAAUCAGACAUUAUGAAAAUGGCCUGAGCCUUCACUAUUUAAAUCCCCACAUAAGUAUUUGAAGCGGUAUAAAAUUACCAAAUAGUAAUCAGACAUUAUGAAAACGCGUUAUGGUACUGACGGGGUUAAAGUGUGUUUAUACCGUAUACUAGGAGUGUCAGAUGGAAAUUGAUGUGUUGAGGAAAACUACCAACACAGGAAACUCGUACAUUAUAGAACUCAGAAACAUGGAUAUACAUGUGAAGUUUUCUGAUUUGGAUAGGGAAGACUGUGACAAUAGAAUGGCUUACUGUGGGAGAGCAUGUUACCAGUGAGUGUGUAGAGCCAAGUAGGGUGAAAGAGGAGUACUGUAGUCAUGAAGACUGGGGGAGAUUUUCGGGACCACCUGGUGGACCUCACUGAUGGAGGUGGUAGACCAGGAGAGGCGGCCUCAGAGAAACAACCGCAGCGCAGGAGCACACCAGGACGGAUGAAGUUAGAGAAGUGGCUUCACUCGUCCAUGAAGAUUGAAAUGACAGAUGGCAGAACUCUGGUUGGCUCCUUUGUCUGCACCGACAGAGACAACAACAUCAUCCUGGGUUCUUGCACUGAGCAUCUCAGGCCAGACGAGGAUGGGAGAGAAGAAGAGCCUCGUGUCCUUGGCUUGGCGAUGAUUCCUGGCCGUCACAUUGUGUCAAUCUGUAUAGAUGAAGCCUCUCAGCCUCCAGCACCACCAUCCAGUCUGUACUCAUAACUCUGUACUGCACCACUCAGGCCUUUAUUUAGUGUUGUGGUAAGACUUUGCCAUUGCCUGACAACUACUUACCAGAUCUCAUACCAUUAAGAUAAUUCUCUCUCUCUCUCUCUCUCUCUCUCUCUCUCUCUCUCUCUCUCUCUCUCUCUCUCUCUCUCUCUCUCUCUCUCUCUCUCUCUCUCUCUCUCUCUCUCUCUCUCUCUCUGCAUCACUUUGUACAGUGCAAAGAACCUCUUAUGCUUUCAUGAAUUAAUAGAUCAGACAAGAGAGACCAUAGAUCCCACAUGUACAUCCACUCUACACAAUUACAAGAGCUUUGACACUGGGCCAGUCAGUCAAUUUCUUGCCUAUUUUCAUUAGAGGUGUUUGCAUUUUUGUCCUGGAAUAACUUUUGUUCUGCCCCACCUCUGUGCAGUGUCCCUACCUUACCAUCCUUUGUAAUUGUUUGUAUUCGAUUCACAACAUUUCAUGAUCCCACAAGCCUCCAAGGCUCAUCAGCUGUUGCUCAGAAUGGGAUGCUUUGGAAACUUCUUGGCCAUGCUGAGCUUGCAAGUGAUUGAAGAAGACUCCUUGAAAUUAUGUGAUUUCCUUAACUUCAUAACUGAAUGAUAGAGAAUUAGAGGAUGAGAUUAUGUUCACCUUAUGACAUGGUGUGAAUAUUCAUUCUUUCAGCUUGUCAACUGGAACAUAACUUUGGAUAACUUAGUCAUCAAUAUCAUUAUAAGUUGCUUUGUGUUUACAAUCUGGCUUUGGCUCUGGAACAAAGUGAUAUUUUAAGAUAACUAGCAUUUGAGCACUGUGAUGGUAACAUUUCUCUCUGUCUCUAUAUACUAGAACAGCAGUCCCGUUUAGGGUCACCCAAACAAAGUACCAUGGGUGGAUAUAGAGGGUAGCUACUUGGGUUCAAGCCCCGAAUGUUUUCCCAAGAGCCCAGGAUCUGAUCUGGGAUCUGAGGAAAAGAGUAGUCUGAGUGAAAUGUGUAGUACUUGAGUUUACCAGAGAGGUAGCAUGUGCAGGAAAGCAGCCUAUGUAGCCUGUCUGCAGAGUUGCCAGACUGAUUUUGCUGAUCAUACCAGAUCACAUGAAGAAUCUUCACAAACUUAAAACUACAAAAUUGUAGUUUCGGUAUGCAUGGCAGCAAAAGAAAAAGAAAAAAAAAAACAGCAUCUGCACCCUCAGGGGUAAGUCCCAGAUCACCUAGAAUCCUAGAUUCGCCUCUGCAAAGUACUGUUCAUUCAUAAAUGUACACACACAUUCACACUCUUAGCCCUGUUGGUCUCUAUUUGAAAGGGACAGUCAUGUAUAUAAUGCUACUUUAUCCCAGGAACAUGUAAUUGCCCAUUCCUUUCAUUAUGUGACUCUUUCUUAGCAUAUACCCACUCCAUCUCUAGACCACAACAUAGACAGAGUACUUCCUAAAAGGGUAGUGUGAGCUCACCAUAAGUUCCUCAUAUCUCAUCUUUCUGAGGGCACAGUCAAUCCAGUGUUUCCCAGCUAUUUAGGGCUGCUACCCUGCACAAUUGUAUUGCAAUCACCUCUUUAGGGAUUAAGCACAAUGUACGGUGAUUAAAAGUUAUUUCUUUCCA